CAUAGUCAAGAACCCAGCUCAAGGUUGAGCCAAUUCUGCAAUCUAACGUUCUCUUUGAAACCUUUUUCAAGCUUAGUUGGGAGAUUAUAAAUGUCAUCAGCAGUGAAAGGCAUGCUAAUAAGGACUCGUGUGUGUAACCAAAAAGUAGUAACAUUAAAAGGGAAGAAUAAGUACGUGGAUCAAAAGUUCUUCUUUGAUCUCUCCAGAGACAACCGUUUGCUGUCCCAAGGCGUCGGCUGGUGUCGUCGAGUUGUAGCGCAAAGCCGCUAUCAGCAGCGGCGAUCCACCGUCAAAGGGAUCACAAGUCCAAAGCCAAAGAAAGGAGGUGACCAUGAGCAGAGAGCACAAGCCAUUCUUUCCCCUGUUUCUGAUCCAAGUGCACCUACUACAAACAAGCGAGUGUUCACUUUUGGAAAGGGGAGGAGUGAAGGCAACAAGGGAAUGAAGUCACUUUUAGGAGGGAAGGGUGCAAACCUGGCGGAAAUGGCGAGCAUCGGGUUAUCUGUGCCUCCUGGUCUCACCAUAUCAACAGAAGCAUGCCAAGAGUACCAGCAGAAUGUGAUGAAGUUACCAGGAGGUCUAUGGGAGGAGAUAUUGGAAGGGCUGCAAAGUGUGGAGAAUGACAUGGGAGCUAUUCUUGGUGAUCCUUCCAAGCCUCUACUGCUCUCGGUUCGCUCCGGUGCCGCGAUUUCGAUGCCGGGUAUGAUGGACACUGUUCUCAACCUUGGACUAAAUGAUGAAGUGGUAGCUGGUUUGGCUGCAAAGAGUGGAGAGCGCUUUGCUUAUGACUCAUAUAGACGUUUUCUAGAUAUGUUUGGAGAUGUGGUAAUGGGCAUUCCACACUCAUCAUUUGAGGAGAAGUUGGAGAAUCUGAAGAAUGCAAAAGGAGUUAGACUUGACACAGAUCUAACAGCUUCUGAUCUCAAAGAGCUAGUGGAACAAUACAAAAAUGUCUACCUUGAAACCAAGGGUGAACAGUUUCCCUCAGAUCCAAAACAGCAGUUGCAGUUAUCUGUCAAAGCAGUUUUUGAUUCCUGGGACAGCCCAAGGGCGAUCAAAUACCGAAGCAUCAAUCAGAUAACGGGGCUAAAGGGCACUGCAGUGAACAUUCAAACAAUGGUUUUUGGGAACAUGGGAAACACUUCAGGAACUGGUGUCUUGUUCACCAGGAAUCCAAGCACUGGUGAGAAGAAACUCUAUGGAGAGUUUCUUAUCAAUGCACAGGGAGAGGAUGUUGUGGCCGGAAUCAGGACACCAGAAGACUUAAACACCAUGAAAAAUUGCAUGCCUGAAGCUUACCAGGAGCUUGUAGAGAACUGUGAAAUUCUUGAACGACAUUACAAAGAUAUGAUGGACAUAGAGUUCACAGUCCAGGAAAACAGAUUAUGGAUGUUGCAAUGCCGUUCCGGAAAGCGAACCGGUAAAGGAGCGGUAAAGAUAGCCGUAGACAUGGUGAAUGAAGGGCUUGUUGAUAAACGCUCUGCCAUUAAGAUGGUGGAGCCACAACAUCUUGACCAACUUCUUCACCCUCAGUUUGAAGAUCCAACUGCCUACAAAGACAAGGUGGUUUGCACUGGCUUGCCUGCAUCACCGGGAGCCGCGGUUGGGCAGAUUGUGUUUAGUGCUGAUGAUGCUGAAGAAUGGCAUGCACAAGGAACGCGUGCCAUCUUGGUAAGGACAGAGACCAGCCCAGAAGAUGUUGGCGGUAUGCAUGCGGCUGCAGGGAUCUUGACAGCCAGAGGUGGUAUGACAUCUCAUGCGGCUGUUGUAGCCCGUGGAUGGGGAAAGUGUUGCGUCUCUGGAUGCUCCGAUAUCCGUGUGAAUGAUGCAGAGAAGGUUCUUGUGAUUGGAGAACUGGUGAUUAAGGAAGGAGAAUGGCUCUCACUCAAUGGAUCCACUGGUGAAGUGAUAUUGGGAAAGCAGCCACUUGCUCCACCAGCUAUGAGUGGCGAUUUGGAGACCUUUAUGUCUUGGGCUGAUAAAAUAAGGCGCCUCAAGGUUAUGGCAAAUGCUGACACCCCAGAAGAUGCGCUAACAGCAAGAAACAAUGGCGCUCAAGGGAUUGGACUUUGCAGGACAGAGCACAUGUUCUUUGCUUCAGAUGAGAGAAUAAAGGCAGUGAGAAAGAUGAUAAUGGCAGUUGCAACCGAGCAGAGAAAAGCAGCAUUGAACCUGUUGCUACCUUACCAAAGAUCAGACUUCGAGGGGAUUUUUCGCGCAAUGGAUGGUCUUCCUGUAACAAUCCGGUUGUUAGACCCUCCACUUCAUGAGUUCCUUCCAGAGGGUGACCUUGAACAGAUUGUCAAUGAACUAAGUGCAGAGACCGGCAUGACCGAGGAUGAAGUUUUCGCGAGAGUCGAAAAGUUGUCGGAAGUAAACCCCAUGCUUGGUUUCCGAGGCUGCAGGCUAGGAAUAUCAUACGAAGAACUCACUGAAAUGCAAGCGCGCGCAAUCUUUCAAGCCGCUGUCUCAAUGAGUAACCAGGGAGUGCAAGUCCUUCCUGAGAUAAUGGUUCCUCUUGUUGGCACACCUCAGGAACUGGGACAUCAAGUGAGUCUAAUUAGAAAUGUAGCAAAGAAAGUGUUCUCUGAGAUGGGCACUUCCUUGAACUACAAGGUCGGGACUAUGAUCGAGAUCCCUCGAGCUGCUCUUGUUGCGGAUGAGAUUGCAAAGGAAGCAGAGUUCUUCUCCUUUGGGACCAAUGAUCUCACACAAAUGACCUUUGGCUACAGUAGAGAUGAUGUUGGAAAGUUCCUUCCCAUUUACCUAUCCAAAGGGAUCCUGCAACAUGACCCAUUCGAGGUACUUGAUCAAAGAGGUGUAGGGCAGCUCAUCAAGAUAGCCACGGAAAAGGGUCGGGCUGCCAGACCUAGCUUAAAGGUUGGAAUAUGUGGAGAACAUGGAGGAGAGCCUUCUUCUGUGGCGUUCUUCGCAGAGGCUGGACUAGACUAUGUCUCUUGUUCUCCAUUCAGGGUUCCUAUUGCUAGGUUGGCUGCAGCUCAAGUUGCUGUUUGAGAAAUAUUGUCAUUAUAUAAUAGAUAAUUUCAUGUUGAUGUAAAUAUAUUCAAUAAUUAUACGUGUGAUCAGAAAAUAAGGAAGCCAUCAGUAAAAUAAAAGGAAAAAAAAAAAAAGAAAAAAAGAAAGGAAGACCAUGAACAUUAUAAGAUUGAACCUAGAAGAUGUAAAUAGUUCUCUUUUUACAUUUACAUUAUUAUAGAAACAAAAAAAGAACUUUGUCCA